UGCGGACACAUGAGCAGAGCCUCGGUCAGCUUCGUCCCUCUGCUGUGGCCUAAAGGUUAUGAUUAAACCAGGACGGUGCUUUCAUAUCCAACGAGAGAGAAUGACUGCUCUAAUCUGUGGACUUACUCUUGUCCGACAUGGAGAAACCAGCUUUAACAGAAAGGGUAUUUUACAAGGUCAAGCGAUAGACUCACCACUGUCUGAUAUUGGAUUUAAACAGGCAGACGCUGCAGGGCUCUACCUUAAGGACAACAAGUUCAGCAAUGUUUAUGUGAGCGAUAUGUUACGAGCACGACAGACUGCAGAAUCCAUUUUGAAACACAACUGUAGCUGUUCAGCUUUGCAAAUAAUUUAUGACUCUUUACUUAAAGAAAAGAGUUUUGGAAUAGCAGAGGGACAACAAAUGAAGGAAGUUAAAGAACUGGCCAAAGCAGCAGGUCAGUCUUUUCUAGACUUCACUCCUCCAGGGGGAGAGACUCAAGAACAGGUCAAGGAGCGUUUCAAAACAUUUUGGGAGAAACUGCUCCAGCAGAUUGGGCACGAGCACUGGGAUAUGCAAGGAGGAAAGAGUGGCUCCUCUGUAGCGCCAAGACUCGCUCCUGUGGAGGGGAGGGCCGACGACGGGAUUCAGGAUGCCCCCGUCCAUGUGCUUAUUGUCACUCAUGGAGCCUAUAUGCGUCAAGCUGUCAAGUAUUUAAUGGAAGAGUUAAAUUGUUCCAUUCCUCAGGUUUUGAACAAAUCACAUAUGUUGUCUUUGAGUCCCAACACUGGCUUGUGUCGUUUUAUAGUUUCCCUUGAGAAAGAGAAGGACUGGUUCAGACAUACACAGAUCCACUGUGUUUUCAUGCACAGAGCAGAUCAUCUUCAGCUCUUACAGGAAUGACUAAAACACAGUUAAUACAUGUGAUAACAACAUACACAAACCUAUACUCUCAAUAUAGAGGGAUAGCUCAAGUGUUUUGUUGUUGUGGGGCUUACUAAAAGUUUAUGGCCAUCA